AUGACGACGAAAAACAUCAAAUCAUUACCGCACGAGAAGCGCAGGGGCGAGGCUGCCCUUAGCGACUUUGCCGACUACGUCGAGAAACAGCAAGCCCUGCGAUAUCCCUCCGCCGCGAAGUCGACCGAUGCCAAAGCCGCCACCGCCGCCGCGGCUGGCACCGAGCACCAGCACGCCGAACUUGACGAGCUCUUCGACACCCUCGACCUCGCUGAUGCGGCCGGCCCUGGCGUCCGUCUCAAAGACCUCCUCCUGGCUGCCGACGCCGACAACGACGACGAAUCCCUGAAGAAGCUGGAGGACAUACUCAACGAGAGGAUAACCGAAGGCCACGGCGAGACCGUCUUCGAGCUGGGCUUCGAGAACAAUGGUGAUUCCAUGGCUCUGUCGUUGGAGCAAUGGAACGCCGCGUACACAAGAGUUCAGAGGGCGGCGAAGAGGAUACGAGCCCAUUGUCAGUUGCUCAUCACCAAGAAUGUUGGCGGCGACGUCGAAGCUCCGAGUGCCAAAUUGGGCAAGGACAGUCACUGCAGCGGCAAGAUCAUGAUCCGUCAGUCCCCCGCAACCGUCGAGGAUGUUCUCGAGACGAGGAUAGCCGUCGUUGGCAAUGUCGACGCAGGAAAAAGCUCUCUCUUGGGUGUAUUAGUCAAAGGCGACCUCGACGAUGGCAGAGGUAGAGCACGAGUCAACCUCUUCAGACACAAGCACGAGAUCGAGACGGGAAGAACCAGCUCUGUGGGCAUGGAGAUAUUAGGGUUCGAUACCGUUGGAGAGGUCGUCACCUCUGACACCCCUGGGCGCAAGCUGUCCUGGGAGGAGAUCGGGAAGCGGAGCGCAAAGGUCAUCACCUUCACCGAUUUGGCUGGUCAUGAGAAGUACCUGCGCACCACCGUCUUUGGCCUGCUCUCGAGCAGCCCCAAUUACUGCUUGCUCAUGGUAGCGGCCAACAACGGGCUGAUCGGUAUGAGCAAAGAGCACUUGGGCAUCGCUCUCGCUCUCAACGUGCCGGUGAUGGUCGUUAUCACCAAGAUCGACAUUUGCCCGCCCCAGAUUCUGGAGCAGACCAUUAGCCAGAUCACCAAGAUCCUGAAGUCUCCUGGGGCUCGCAAGAUUCCCAUCUUCAUCAAGGACCGCGAGGAGUGCAUAAACACCGCCACCCAAUUCAUCAGUCAGAGGAUAUGCCCCGUCUUCCAGGUCUCCAACGUCACUGGCGAGAACCUCAACCUAGUCCGGACAUUCCUCAACAUCCUGCCACAUCACGGCCGAUAUGACUCCGAGGCGCCGUUCGAGUUCCAUAUCAACGAUACCUUCUCUGUGCCUUUCGUUGGCACUGUCGUCUCUGGAAUCAUCAAGUCUGGUGUCAUCCACACUGGAGAUAACGUCCUCGUUGGCCCAGACUCGUUGGGCAACUUCGUCCCAACCAGUGUGCGCUCCAUUGAGCGGAAGCGCCUUGGAGUUCCUGCUGCGUCUGCUGGCCAGUCUGCCAGUUUUGCCCUGAAAAAGUUGAGGCGAAAAGACGUCCGGAAGGGUAUGGUGGUUCUGCCAAAACUUGAAGGACAGCCCGCCCCCAAGGUGCACCGAGAGUUCAUUGCUGAGGUGUUGAUUCUCUCCCACGCGACAACCAUCAAAACAAAGUACCAAGCGAUGCUUCACGUUGGCCCUGUGUCGCAGACGUGCGCGAUAAUAGACGUCGACCGCCCUUACAUCCGCACGGGCGACAGGGCGACGGUGGCCUUCCGUUUUGUGCAGAGACCAGAGUAUCUUGCUCCUGGGGAUAGAUUGUUGUUCCGCGAGGGCAGAACCAAAGGACUCGGAAUCGUCAAAUCGGUUGGAUACGACCCGAGCAAGCCAUUAUAUCCUCAUGGCGACGCCGAGAGCGGCGGAGUGACUAACAGCGGGAACGACGAGGAAAAGCCAGCAAACGGCCAAGAGGUCAGCGUUGGGGCUUAA